AUGAGCUUGGUGAGGCUGGUGGUGCUCCGGAACGGCGCGGCUGGGGCCGAAAAGCAGGCACUGGCGCUGGCUGCGAGACUGCGUACGAAACUGCUAGACGAGAUUGUUCCGCAGAGGCUGGGUGUGGUGUGCUCGCCAGUGGAGUGUGUGGAUGUGACACUGGGAAGAUCACACGUGAUUCCGCCGGUGCUGCAGGUUUUCGGUGCUAAACUCACUCGCAAUCCGCUAUUUGGCUACAAGGAGCAAGGCACAUGUCAAGUUUUCUCUGUGCAGAAAAAAACGGGAGAACUAAACGUCGUUAUCGGCUGUGGGAGGAGCACCGUGGCUCUAUGUGCGGUGGUGAAGCAGCUAGAGCCCAAAAGGACGUUCAAUGUGCAGAUCCAGCAUCCACGAGUGCCGCUCACAUGGUUUGACGCUAUAGUUGCACCCAGACACGACUUUUCAAGAGGCAAAAGCGGUGCAAACAACCUGUUCCUAACGUCUGGUACUGUGCACAACAUAACGCCGGAGUUGCUGCAUCAACACGGCAGUGAAUGGAGCGAAGAGCUCGAUGAAAAGCUUCAAAAGAGACGAAAACGCGUCGUGUGGCUGCUAGGAGGACCAUGUCGUGGCUUUGCGUUCACCGAGCAGGAUACUGAGAAGAUGGUGGACGAGUUUAUCCGAGCGCUUCCAGGCGAUGAUGACGUAGCAGUGUUGGUGACGUUUUCGCGAAGGACGCCUCAGAACGUGCGGAGGAUAAUUGGUCGCUGUCUAGAUGUAAGGUUUCCAGCGCCUGGACAGCUGCUAGUAUUUGAAGGCACCGAACGUCGGAAUCCGUACUAUGCACUACUGUCCACGGCGUCCUGUAUCGUAACCACGCCGGACUCGAUUUCUAUGACAACGGAGGCCGUCGCGUCGGGCAAACCGGUAUUCACUAUUGGCGUGAAAAACUGCAAGGGCAAAUUCCUGCGCUUCCACCAGGAUCUAUUUGAAACUAAGGCCACAGCUCCGUUCACCGCUGAUGCUGUAGCAGCAAGCCUUCGUGGUAUCGCUGAAGACGAUGUGUCGUCGAGUGCUACCAACUUAGAGGAAGAGAUCUCCGCUAUCAGUAAGGUGUGUCUAUGUUGA